AUUAUCAUGUCAGUCAUCACAGAAACCUAACCUAACCUAAUUUAACUUAACCUCAAAUCAUUAAUCAUUUUAAAUGGAACAAAAAUCGAAAUUAAAAAUUUCUUAUGACAAGGAUCUGAAUGAGAUACCGCCAAAUGAAUAUGCUGCAACCAAAUAUAGAAUAACUCCUUUUUCAUCUUCAGAUAUCAUAUCUAGUUCAAUUUGCAAAUAUGAAUUGAUAACGAACGAGGAGGAUAGGAAAGUCUAUCAUUUACGAUUUUCAACUGACAACACAUGUUUCAACUAUCAACCUGGUUAUACGAUAGGAAUACUACCAAGUAACUGUGAAAACUUAGUGGAAAAAAUAUUAGUACGAUUAGGACUGGAACAUGUAGCAGAUAAAUGUUAUCAUGUUUGUGUUGAACAAAUCAAUGCCAAGAAAACACUACCAAAGCAUAUACCAAUCUGUGGUACGCUAAGAAAUGUUUUAUUGCAUAAUGUUGAUCUAAACAGUGUACCAAAAAAGCUGUUUCUUAGAAGCUUGAUAAAUUACACAGAAGAUGAAAAUGAGAGAGACAAAAUCUCCUAUUUGUGCUCCCCCAAAGGUUCAACAGAGUAUCUUUCUUUGAUCUCCAACCAUUCAAAACGAAGUGUAUUGGCCUUAUUAGAGACUUUUUCAUCUUGCAAACCACCAAUUGAAAUUCUUCUGGAAUAUCUGCCACCUUUAUUACCCCGGCCAUAUUCAAUAUGUUCAUCACCCCUCAAUAACGAUUAUUUGAGCAUUACUUUCAAUGUGGAUAAAUUCUCUGAUGGCAGCAAGGGUCUAUGUGUGAGUUGGCUGGAGAAAUGCAUCAGAAAAUUUGAAAACGAUAAGCAAUGCCUAGUGCCAAUGUACUUGAGAUCUCCAUCAAAAUUCGUCUUGCCACAGGAUGAUUCUGUUCCGAUUAUCAUGGUAGCUACUGGAACUGGAAUUUCCCCCUUCAGGGGUUUCUUGGAGCACAGGCAUCUCCAGCCUGAAAAAUCCUUCGGAAAAUCUUGGUUAUUCUAUGGCUGUAGAGAUUCCGGAAGUAAUUACUUGUUUAAGGAAGAUUUGAAAAAAUUCGUAGCCUCUGGGGCGUUAACUAGGUUAUCAGAAUGUUUUUCCAGGGAAUCAGGAACUAAAGAAUAUGUUCAAGAUGUAAUCGAGAAAUAUACAGAUGAGUUGGGUUAUUGGAUUUUACAAGACGAAGCAGUCGUGUAUCUCUGUGGUGAAUUCUCCAAAGUGUUGCCUGCUGUUAAAAAAGCGAUCCUGCAGGUUUUCAUGUCAUACCGACAUUUACAAGAAGAUGACGCUAAAUUGCUGAUGAAGAAGAUGGAAGAUGAAGGCAGAUACAUUGUAGACAGUUGGAAUUGAAUAUGUACUGUCUUUCCCACUUUACAGUGCCUUUGUGAGAAAAAUAAAAUCAGCAUUUUAAA